AUGCACGUAAGCACAGGUGGAAACGAUAUAACAGUGAUUAUAAAUGAUUACAUUAACAAAGAAUCAACGUCUUAUCAGAUUACAGAUAUAAAUAACAAUAUAAAAAUAAAUGAUCUUAUUAAUAAAAUUAAAAAAUUAAAAAAUUAUAAUUAUAAUAAUUCGUCCUUAGUGUUAUAUUUUGCAAAAGUGGAAUGUAAGCUGGAUGAAAAGUUGUCAACAUAUAAUAAAUCGAAUAGAAAAACAAUUAAAUUCGAAUUAUAUAUAUCAUCACUAAUAACUAUAAAUGUUAGGACAUUACAGUCAUGUGGGUCUGGGACAACCCGAUGUAUACCGUUAUGGUCUUUUUGUUGUAGACAAAACAUCAAAAUCCGGAUUCUUGAUACUUCAGAUGUUCGAUUAUUAAAGCAGCGAAUUUACAAUAUCACAGACGACGACAUUUCGAUACCUGUCGAUAAUAUUGUUUUACUUUAUAAAGGAGCCCCAUUAAAUAACUUUUUGACCCUAAAAGAGUCAGAACUUAUAGACAAUUGCUAUGUCGAUUAUUUUGUUCCACUUUGCUAUAUUUAUAAGGAAAAAAAAAAAAAAAACAAAGAAGAAGAUAAUGAUGACGAAACUGAGCUUGGAAUUUACAAAGAUAAAAAAUCUAUAAAGAAAAUCGAAAGUACCAAAAUAGAAGAAAAGGACACAAAGGUUGAAGAAAUAAAAAAAAUACCAACUGUUGAAAUAAAAAAAACACCAACAAAUGAAAUAAAAAAAACACCAAAAACUGAAAUAGAAAAAACACCAACAACUGAAAUAGAAAAAACACCAACAACUGAAAUAAAAAAAACGCCAACAACUGAAAUAAAAAAAACACCAACAACUGAAAUAAAAAAAACACCAACAACUGAAAUAAAAAAAACACCAACAAUUGAAAUAAAAAAAACACCAACAACUGAAAUAAAAAAAACACCAACAACUGAAAUAAAAAAAACACCAACAACUGAAAUAAAAAAAACACCAACUGAAAUAAAAAAAACACCAACUGAAAUAAAAAAAACACCAACAGUUGAAGAAAUAAAGAAAGAAAGACUCCCAAGCAAUAAUGCGAAUAUUGACAGGUCGCGUAAUAAAAAUAGAAGGGGAAGAAGGCAACCUUAA